GUGCACGUACGGAAAUCUAAGAGCAUGUCGUCGUCCAGGAGCAGCUCACCGGCGAUGCAACAGAUGCUUGCGCUGAUGGCACUGUUUCUUCUCCUCUCCGGCGGCGUCCAUGCGCAGGUGGUGCCAGCGGUGAUCUCGUUCGGCGACUCGACCAUCGACGUCGGCAACAACAACUACCUCCCCGGCGCCGUCUUCAAGGCCAACUACGCGCCCUACGGGGAGAACUUCCGGCGCCACAGGGCCACCGGCAGGUUCUCCGACGGCAAGAUCGUCACCGACAUCACCGCUGAAACACUCGGCUUCGAGGGCUACGCGCCGCCGUACCUCAGCCCACUGGCGUCGGGGAAGAACCUCCUCACCGGCGCCAACUUUGGCUCCGCCGCGUCCAGCUACUCCGACGACACGGCGGCCAUGUAUGAUGCAAUCACGUUGUCGCAGCAGCUCAAGUACUACAAGGAGUACAGGUCGAAGCUGGCGGCGGUGGCCGGGCGGCGGCAGGCGCGCACCAUCCUCGCCGAGGCGCUGUACGUCGUCAGCACCGGCACCGGCGACUUCAUCCAGAACUACUACCACAACGCCUCCCUGUCCGCCCGCUACGACGUCGACCGCUACUGCGACCUCCUCGUCGGCAUCUUCUCCGGCUUCGCCGACGAGCUGUACAGGCUGGGGGCGCGGCGGAUCGGCGUGACGACGAUGCCGCCGCUGGGGUGCCUGCCGGCGACGAUCAGGCUGUAUGGCAAGGGCCGGAGCCGCACCGGGUGCCUGCCGAGGCUCAACCGGGACGCCGAGACCUUCAACCGGAAGCUGAACGCCACCGUGGGGGCGCUGGUGAGGCGGCGCGCGGGCCUCAAGGUGGCCGUCUUCGACGUCUACACGCCGCUCCGGGACCUCUCGGAGCGGCCCGCGGCGCAGGGCUUCGCGGAGGCGAGGAGGACGUGCUGCCGGACGGGGAACGCCGGGACGAGGGUGUACCUCUGCGACCCGGCGACGGCGGCCGGGAUGUGCCGGAAUGCCAGCAGCUACGUCUACUUCGACGGCGUGCACCCGUCGGAGGCGGCCAACCUGGUCAUCGCCGAGUCCCUGGUGUCAGCGGGCAUCGACUUGCUCACCUAGUAAGCGUGAGGCGUCAAGGGCGUACGUACUACGUGCAGCUGCAGAUCGACGAACUUAUCUGCCAACUAGUGUCAAUUAAUGCUUCCAAUAUGUCUCCUACUACAAAGUGUGAGCGCUCGUUGCUAGCUAUGUAAUUUGUCGAAAAGCAUAAUUUGUGGAAAAAUGUAUGUUAAUUUAUUUUUCAACUCAAGUGAAGCUCUCGCUUUCGGCUAUAUACCACUUUCUCCUUCCUUUA